UUGAGGGAGAAAGAGAGAGUAGAAGAGAAAGACCCAUCAUUACUGAAUUAAAUUAAUUCAUCGAGUUGAAGCGUAAACUAACCUAUCACUAUCUACAAAAACAUUACAGAAGUGCACUGGACAUUAAAAUAUUACUAUUCAAUUCGGGAUGGGACUGGAGGGUCUUACUUCCGAGGUGACAUGAACGCAACACGGGUUACGCAAUUCCUAUGAUGUCACGUUCAGCUGAUCGACGAGGAAGUAAUCUGAUCAAGACGAAGACAGGAACAUCUUCCAAGAUGGCCUCCCUCGUCUGCACUUUACAAGACCAUCAAGAUGAUGUCAACUGGUGUGCCUUCUCCUCCACGCUGUUGGCCACUUGCUCCGGGGACAAGACGGUCCGGAUCUACAACACCAGCGACUUCUCAGAGCUGCCCUUCUCCCCGCUGUCGGGACACGGCUACAGCGUUCACUGCUGCUGCUUUAGCGCCUGCGGGCAGUUUCUCGCUUCCUGCUCCACAGAUGCCACCAUCAUGGUGUGGUCGAUGGUCACGGGCGACAUCGAGGCCGUCCUGGAGCAUCCGGGCCGCAGUCCCGUCAGGAUCUGUGCCAUUUCUCCUGACUCUGUCCACCUCGUCUCUGGUGCGUCUGAUGGUCUGGCUCUCUGGGAUUUUCCCUCCAAACAACUGAGCAGGACCGCCGCUGCGAGUGACACCACGAUGGUAGCUUGCUCCUUCAGCCCCUGCAGUCAGAUGUUCAUGACCGGCUCCACCUACGGAGACCUGCGCCUGUGGGACCUGAACAUGAACCAGCUCCACGCAGAGAAGAACGCACAUGACCUGGGGGUGUCAGGCUGUGCGUUUGCUCCCAGCAUCCUCAGCGGUGCUCAGGUGGUUCAGUUCAGAGUAGCGUCAUGUGGUCAAGACUGUCACCUGAAGAUAUGGGCCAUUAACAAGUUCAGCUCUGGAGCUUGUAAGAUGCAGCUUCUGCACAUAUUAACCGACCAGUCAGCUCCAGUCCUCUGCUGUGCGUACUCCUCGGAUGGACAUCUGCUCGUAUCUGGCUCUGUGGAUAAAAGUGUUACAAUCUAUGAUGCAACUAAUGCAGUUUUGCUUUACAAGCUAAAUCAGCAUGCCAGGUAUGUGACAGCAUGCGCCUGCUCUGCAACAUCGCCGCUGAUCGCUACGGGAUCCAUGGAUAAAAGCGUGAACAUAUGGAGGCUGGAAAAUGGAUGUGGUGGACAUGAUUCCUGGCAGAGAGGAGGAAAGUCUUUACCUGAAGAGAACACACAGACAUCAAACGAGGGGAGAGCCUCAGCGGGACGAUCAAAGCUGCUGGUCGCCGAUUGGUCGGAGGAGGAUGUGUCAGAGUGGCUGGUGGAGGAGGGCCUCCAGGGAUUGGUGGACAAAUUCAGGACCAACAACAUAGAUGGGACAGAGCUGCUGAGCCUCACCAAGGAAACGCUGGCGUCAGAGCUGCACAUAGAGUCGGUGGGGCUGCGCAGCAAACUCCUGAGGAAGGUGGAGGAGCUGAAGGCCGAUUCCGUUUGUUCUGGCAUCCCUGAUGAGUUCACGUGUCCCAUCACCAGAGAGCUGAUGAGGGAGCCCGUCAUCGCCGCAGAUGGUUACUCCUAUGAGAGAGAGGCCAUCGAGAGCUGGAUCAACACCAAGAACCGCACCAGCCCCAUGACCAACCUGCCCUUACUGACGACCCUGCUCACCCCAAACCACACACUCAAGAUGGCUAUCGGCCGCUGGAGGACCAGCCAAUAGCAUGCAGGACAGCUUCCCACUCAGGAAACGAAAGCUCCCCCUGCUCCUGUGUAACAGUUAGGCUUUCUGACGGUUGGUCACCUCCACCUUGUGGGUCAACAUCUAACCCGAAAGCUAUGGACACACCGGACAUGUGACGUGCGUUCAAGAAUGCGAGUAAAAUCUUGGGUGCUCACACUAGACAGGCAGGGAAGGGCUUCUUUUUUACUGUUUACUAGUGCAUGUCUGCCACCUAGAGUUGAAAAAGCUUGACCUGAAAUCUCAAAAUCGUGCAAAUCUCACAAAUCUUGCUCCAGGCUUCUUCUUUCACAGCUCUAUUCCAAAAAUCAAACAGGACUCGAUCCAUAUGUCACUACCAAAUCCAAGUUGCUGAUUGGUCAAAGUUUGACCUGGUUUACCUUGCAAAGUGCGUUCAGUGGCCUCAACUUUUGUACGUUGAGCCAUUUUAAGCCUGAAAAUGGUUUUAAAAAUGUGCGUAGCUACUCUUGACUGCAAGAGUUUUGUAUGCAGAAACUUCAAACGCAAAUUUACAGACUUUUCAUUGGAAGUAGCUGCUUGAACACGCCAAUCAGUUUUGUGCGUAGAGCUUAAAAAUGAUCUCAAAAAUGAGUGUAGCUGCAUGUGAACAUGAGUUUUGUGAGUGAAAACCUAAAACGCGCAUUUGAAUAGAUUGAUCAUUGAAAGUAGCCGCUUGUACCCACGUUCAGUGGCCACGAGUUUUGUACAUAGAUGCUAAAAUUGGUCUAAAAAAUUUGCUAAGCUAACUAAAACUGACUUUUAUUUAGACUUUUGAUUAGAAGAAACUGCUUGAAUGUGCGUUCUAUAGCCACGAGUUUUGUUCAUUUAGCCCGAAAAUUGGGUUAUAAAUAUGUGUAACUAUGUGUGAAGGUGAGUUUUGAACGCAUAAACCCGAAACGUAUAUACUUCUUAUUGGAAGUAGCCGCUUCAAUGCGGGCAUGAGUUAGUUUGUAGAGCCUGAAAAUUGUCUUAAAAAUCUUUGCAGCUACAUUUGAAUGUGCGUUUUGUUCAUGGAAACCUGAAACGCAUAACAGAAAGUCUUUAGCUAACAAAUGUCAGCCUAAAUCUAAAGUUUACAUUAUUUUUCACUGUGACGCCUUGCCUUAGCAUUUCUAUCUGCUAUUUUUGAUCACCCCUAAGGCCUUUAAUCAACAUUUCUGUGUAAUACUAUUAAAGAAGUCGAUGAACAAGUG